AUGCAGACCGUCGACGAAGGAAAACUAUUCCAAUCGGAUGCCCAACUGAACGUCGCCGAGACACGCCGGCUGAAGUCUCUCGCCGACCACCGACCCAGCGUCGAGAAUGGAUAUCCGAUCAUCCUGCCAAGCAAGCCUCUGCAGAUAAUCCUGGACGGAGACGACGCGUAUGUGGCCCAAAACGGCUUCGUGGCUCAGCGAGUUGACUUGAAGUCCGGGAAAGUCAAAGCGACAUUCAGAGGGCAUGCUGGACCAGUGACUUCGUUGGCUAUGUUCACUCAUCCCAUCACAGCGCAACGAAAACGCAAGAUCUUAUUCACGGGCUCGUGGGACAAGACCAUCAAAACAUGGGACGUCGAGACCCAAGUUUUAUUAUCAACCUCUACCGGCCACGUCGACUUCGUCAAGUCGAUCCAUAUCAUCCCUAAUCUGGGCCUUUUGGUGUCCGGCUCGACAGACCGGGACAUCCGACUGUGGGACUUCAAGCAGUCGAUCGAGUCAUUUGACUGGAGCGAGAUCGAUGCGCAAUAUCACGCGCGAAGGCGGGCGAAGAUCGAGGCGAAUCGGUCGAAAACGGCGCAGGAGAUUGCGGCUGAGGAUGCCAUAGAAGACGCCCCGGCGGGUCUCCCAAACUUCAACUCUCCAUCCUUGAGCACUCGGGCCACGUGGCCGGACGCACUCUAUCCUCCGAUGGCGUGUCGCAGGACCCUCAAAUCGCACACCCGGCCGAUUGACUCUCUGAACUCAUACCCGACCGUCUGUCCGACAGAGGAAGAGACGUACUCCAGCAGGAAGAGCGGCACCUUGCCCCAUCUGCUCGUUUCUGCCGAUUCGAUGGGCACCCUUAAAGUCUGGCUCAUCCCCUCGAACGUACAGACCGCCAAAGCUGCCCUCGACUCCACCUGCUGGCCCCACAAGACGAGCAUCAAUGACAUCCAGAUCGGCUGUGAUCUGCGGCACGACAUCGACCACCAGACCAGUGCGCAACUCUGGACGGCCUCUGCCGACAACGCCGUCCUCCAUUCUGCCAUCGACCUCCUGCCCUCCUCCACCCAGCGGAUCGUCAACAUCCUUCGCAUCGAGCAGCCUUACUUCGUCCGCUGCGUCCUCAACCUCCCCCUGUUCUUCGCCCAGACAGUCCACGCUGAGACGGCCGUUCCGAACUGGUUGAUCACUGGUAGCACGGACGAAGAUAUCCGGAUCUACGACCUCGAAGCUAUCGAGCAUCAGGAACAGGCCGUCUCGUCCAGCCGUCCGCUGCACAAACCAGCGCCUUCGGCCACAUUAAAGACAGUCUCUAAUGGCUGGUUCGGCGCCCUCAAAGCUCAUUGGCACGAGGUCAACUGCUUGAGAAUCUGGAUUGACUCCCAGACGCACAAGCCCUGGCUCGUCAGCUCGGGCUUAGACGGGACCCUGCGCAAAUGGGAACUGACAACUCUCCAGCGACGCUUCGCCCCUCAAAUUGGCACCCACUCUAUCCCGAGUCAUGCCGAGCCUGCAUCUCACACGAAAAAAGAACCCCAGUUCGAGCUGACUGCCGAGGAGUAA